AAGGAGAAAGUGUGAGAGUGUGUGACAGGGAGGACCUGGGAAGAUGAGAGUUGACAUUUGAGGAGAGCUGAUAGUGUCUUUCACUCGUGUGGACACGUGGACUCACCAUGAGCCGGUACGGCAGCAGACACAGGACAAUCAUAUCUGGAUGAGUGAGUGCAGAAGAUUCUCCACGAGAUUUAGGAGUCUGGACUAGACGUGGUUCUGCUUUGGCUUACUUGACGCUGUUUCGUAUUACUGGACUGGACUUCUGGAUACAGAUCUUGGACUUAUAGGAUCUACAAGUUCUCCUUGGCAGAGACAUAUUUACCUUUUCUAAACAUUACUUCUGUCGGGCCAGGAUUUCAGCCCAUCGUUCCUGCUUUGUGGCACUGGAGUCUUGAUAUUUCUGAUUAAUGAGUCAGCGUUAUCGCAAAAAUAGACUAUCAGAAAGUCCCAACACAGUCUGUAAACGCAGCAGAAUGAGGGGGGUAUGACUCUGCAGGGGCGGUGACAGAAUAAUGCACCUGAAAACCAGAGCCUAUACCCACUUCACAAGAGCUAGAAAUAAGACCUGAAAACACCUGAGAGUUCGCAUUUCCUGGAAGUUGAUUGAUCAGAUAAUCUUUAAGGAAUCUGACUCUGGAGGUAUUGGUGCAUUCCAGCAACAUGACAAUGUUGUGACAUUAUCAAGGGAGGUCAAAAGUGGAAGUACUUGACGAGGGCACUGACAGACUUCCACAAGAGGAGAGAGAUAACAACACACGGGGCUGAGACUCGAGCUGUACUUUUCGUACUUUCAUUUAUUCUUGUUUUGUUUCUUUGUUUGUUUUUGGAAGACUUGAGCAACAACGUUAAACUUACUUCGACGUCAGCUUCUACUGUUCUGCUUCUGGACAUCCAUAAUCUCUCAAAAAAAAAAACCUUCCAGCUCUGAACUUCUCUGACUCUCAUACCCUCAUGGAUUCUCAGGGUGGUCCAUACCUCAAUAAGAGGGCCCUCUGCUCACCUCUGGGUGCUGCCCGCCUCUGCCAGUUAGCUAUGGGCUGUGCUGUGAUUGCCAUGGUAACCCACAGUGCGGGGUACAGUGGCUCGCAGGGUGUGUUUUGUAUGGCGGCAUGGUGUUUCUGCUUUGCCAUGUCCGUUGUGGUGUUUUUCCUGGAUGCCACUCGUCUCUACAGCUGCCUGCCCGUAUCCUGGGACAACCUGACGGUCACAGGUGCUGCCUUUGCGGCGCUCAUGUAUGUGACGACCUCUGUGGUCUACCCUCUCUUCUUCGUCCGAUCUGAGUGCCCCUAUGCUGGAUGUGAUGUCCUACACUUCCGCAUCGCUGUGACCGUCUGCUCCAUCCUGGGCACUCUUGCCUACGGGGCGGAGGUUGCCUUAUGUCGAGCCAGGCCAGGCCAGACGGUUGUGGGAUACAUGGCCACCGUCUCUGGCCUCCUCAAAGUAGUUCAGGGUUUCGUGGCGUGCAUCAUCUUUGGAGCUCUAGCCAAUGGGAGCGAGUUUUACCGCUACGCCGCCACAAUCUACUGCGUGGUUGUCUAUGCUUUCUGUUUCACCUUGACUGCACUGGUGAUCAUCAUGACCGUGUGUGGGCAGACCAAGGCUGUUCGCUGCAUGUCCUUUGAUCGCUUCGUGGUGGUGUGCACACUGCUGCAGGUUCUGCUCUACCUGAGUGCAUCAGUAGUGUGGCCUGUUUUCUGCUUUGACACCAAAUAUGGCACGCCAUGGAGGCCAUCAUCAUGCCCUCAGGGGAAAUGUCCAUGGGACAGCAAAGUUGUGGUGGCCGUGUUCUCUUUUGCCAACUUUGGACUGUAUGUGGCAGACCUGGUCUACUCCCAAAGGUUAAGAUUUGUAACAUCUCAUAUGCCCACGACCUCUCGAGCAUAGAACCAUGAGGGAGCAUAUUCUCCCCAACUGGCUUUACAGGUUUAAGUUAUUUGCUUAAUCUUAGUUUUUAUAUGAUGUUUAACGAUGGAUUAUAUUGAGGGGGAUAGAUAGGUUGAGUCACAGAUACAAGGCCCUGGACAUUCAUGUUGCUGCUCAUGGUUUUCUGCUGAGGCAUCCAGACUUCCCAAAUUCACUUUGGAAUGUGAACAAAGGAAUUUCCCCUCUGCCACACCCCACUGAGGUGACACCCUAUCUCUUCAACUCACCCGCUCUGCCCUCUGGGAGGUUUUGGGAGAGCAGCCCGCCUCACCCAAACAGCCAAGGCCCAUUGGUGCAUCCUGCCAAUUUCUCAUAAACGGAUACAUCCCAGCUAUUUUUGACCUGCUCACAUACAAACGUACUUGCUGCCAGUUUGUAAACUCAACCCAGAGAGAUUCAGAGUUUGUAAGCUUAAAUUCCUUGAUAUAAAUGAUAACCCAUGCAUUGGCAUGCAUGGCAUCACAGUCAUCUGCAGACUUCACACCAGGGAUCGACAAGCAUUUCUCUGACGGCCAAAAAUAAACAAGAGCUGUCUGCAGUUAAAUUGAAGCUGUGAGGCAGUGUUUAAAAGAGGCUGGUGUCUUUAAAACCUCUCUAUGAAAUGCCUCCCUCAGUCAGUGAUGGAGAAAGAGUCCAUUUCUACCAACUCGAUGACCUAAGCUGACACAUUCAAAACAUACAAAAACAGUCAGGGUGACCAUGUUUCCACAU